GUUCUCCUCUUUUUUUUUUUCUUUUUUUUUUCUCUCCUGAAUUAAAUGACUCUGCUGCCUAUGUCACACCUAAAAUCUGGUGUUUUGGAUGCUACCAAGGUGCACAAAGGGUAGAGGGAAUGAAGAGGAACUUUUGCAAUCAGAGCGUCUCUCUCUCUCUCUCUCUGUUGAACCUAGACCCAGUGGAUUGGUUCAUGUGCUGUUGAGACACAAGUCAACAAUGGCAGGAUUUCUGUUGUAGUGGAUGACUCAUUUAGGUUAUUUUCCCCCCUCGAGACUGCUGGAUAUAGAUUUCUUCUUCAUCUUCUUUUGUUCCACCUGCGUAUUUCACCUCUCAGAUACUCUGUACAAUCUCUGGGACUCUUAUGGAGUGUGAAAUUUCUACAGCAAGUGCAAAGUUUGGAGGAGCAAAGUGAUACGGAGCAUGGCUGAUGUCACUGCGGUUGCGUGUUGAACUCUUUGGUCCAGGGAGGCAGACCAGAUAUGACCACAGUAUCCAUGGAGUCUGUAGGAGUCCUCGUGGAAAGGGGCACUAAUGCCACUGACCCCCCUCUGAACUCACACGAGGACACAGCCGCCACCUUUACCAUCGGCACCAUUCUCUCCAUCAUGUGCCUCGUCGGAGUCUCAGGGAACAUCUACACCCUGGUGGUCAUGUGCCAGUCCAUGAGGACUGCCGCCUCAAUGUACAUCUACAUCAUAAACUUAGCUUUGGCAGAUCUGUUGUAUCUUCUAACCAUACCCUUCGUAGUCUGCACACACUUCCUGAAGGGAUGGUACUUUGGGGACGCUGGGUGUCGCAUUCUGAUCAGCAUGGAUUUCCUGACCAUGCACGCCAGUAUCUUCACACUGACAAUCAUGAGCACGGAGCGAUACUUUGCUGUGCUCAAGCCACUCGACACAGUCAAGCGGUCUAAAAGUUACCGGAAAGCCAUCGCUCUGCUGGUCUGGGUCGCCUCUCUCAUCCUCACCCUACCAAUGAUUGUAAGCAUUCAGCUAAUGACACUGGGCAACAAGGCUAUGUGCCACUCCACCUUGUCAGCACUCUCCUACAAAGUUUACAUCUCCUUCCUAUUUUGCACUAGCAUUGUCGCUCCAGGACUGAUCAUUGGCUAUCUCUACAUCCAGCUUGCACGCACUUAUUGGGUUUCACAGACGGAGACCUUCAAACAGACCAAGAAACUUCCCAAUCAAAAGGUGCUGUACCUGAUCUUCACUAUUGUGCUCCUUUUCUGGGCAUGUUUCCUGCCCUUCUGGAUCUGGCAGCUGCUGGGUCAGUUCCACCCCUCACUGUCCCUGUCCACCAAAGCCAAACGCAACAUCAACUACCUUACCACGUGUCUGACAUACUCCAACAGCUGCAUCAACCCUUUUCUGUACACGCUGCUCACCAAGAACUACAAGGAGUACCUGAGGAAGCACAAGCGGUCCUGGUCAGCUGGCAGCUACUUCAACAGGAGGAGUCGCUUUCAGCGCUCACCACGCAGAUAUAGCUGGGCCGUGCUGGCUGAGGGAGAGGAAGAAAGGACAGGAAGAAACCUGUUGGAGAUGACAAACGCAGCAGCGGACCCUGAACUCCUCAUCUCCACGACCGUGGAAGAGGACGAACAAGUCGCUGUAGUAUUUGUGCAGUCCAGUACCGUGUGGACACACAAGCAUGGUAUGAGCGCCAGCAGGAACUGAAUGAGCCGGUAGCUGCUGCUGGAGACUGUGUGCAAACUAGAAGUCUAUUUAUUUGUCACUCGCGGGAACUUUUCUGUGUCCCGAGAAGAACGACCGGCGUCUUACGUUACAAAAAUGAGACUUUUCAACGUUUGUGCUUUCUUUUAUGUGUACCCUCUGUCCCCGUCACAGCCCGUUGCGUCCGCCCUCAAGUGAAAGUGUCUUUGAAACCGUAAUUUGGUUGUGCUGGAGAGAAGUUGGCUGCUGACACACAGGUGCGAUAAGGGCAGCCAUAUGGAAGCAUCAGUGGUUUGAUUCACAAAAAAAAAAAAAGAAAAAGAAAACUGUGUGUUAAAAUCUCAGUCAAGCUGAAGUGGGAAACAAAAGUGUCUGGCAUGUGAUAUUUUAAAUCCAUGACGGAUCAAAAUGCAUGAAUGCGCUCGCUGUAACAAAUGACUGCUUUAGAGGACAUCUGGAACGCUUGUGUUUUAAUGGUACGGCAGGGUUCAGACAGACAACAGCACUGCAUGGAAACAAACGGCACCCUCAUUCCUUUGAACGGGACCACUGACUCAACAUGAUGUGACGUCAUCCAGCUGUAAUGUGGUACGUACGGUCCUUUUCUCUUGGUAUCAUAAAUCACCACACAUUGUUUUGGCCUUUUAACUCAUUGAUCUGCUUCUCAGACUGGACUGAAAUUUCAGAGACAACAUCACUAAUGCAACAACAGAACUAGCACAGCCCUCAGCAACUCAGAGCUGUUUUCCAUCUGCUUGCGAGGAAUUGUAUUUUUCUUGCUGUCAACAAAUCCUAUGAAAAAAAGUAACAACAAUGACUAUUAGAUGUUUAGCCAAAGCCUGAUACAUCUUUCUUUGUGCUGUAAAUUAUUUCAUUAAAUAAGACUGAGAGUAUACAGUGGAUCUAGAAGCUAUGUGAGACCAACAAGAUCAUUCCUAAAUCGCUGCAUUGCCGGUGUCUCCCAAAAUUACAUAUACUACAGUUCCCACAACAUCAUGGCUGUUGGAACGUACCAUCGACAGGGACCUUUGUCGUACUGUCACAGUUUUAUUAGGUUUAGCCAAGUAAACGUAUUGGUUAGGUUAAAAUAACUCCAAUUAUGUUACGUAAGUUACGAAUGAAUCUACAUUACGUAGGUAACUUCACUUAAGUAACUGUACACAACGUCACUUAACUAUGUUAGUAUGAUAAAAUAACACCAUUGUCUUUUGGCUUCACAUGAACAGUGGUCUCCUGGGUUAAAGCCGCUGGUUUGUUUGAACCCAGCCAUCUGUCCCUGACCUCCUCUCCUAAGCAGACAUUUUUUGCUUUUUAAACAUCAAUUUCUUCCUUUUCUUGCCAUAAUAAUUUUUAUGGCCACUAGAGGUUGCUGCCCAACAAGAAAUCUCGACAUGAGUAAGUAAUAACCUGCUUUCACUGUCUUUCUGAGGACUGGCUGGUGAGAAUGUACGAAGACAGCUAAAUGCCAACAUCGGCACACUAACCUGCUCACAAUGACACGGAUAAUAUGCUUAUGUUACGUUAAACAUAUCAUCUAAGUUCGGAUUUAUCAGGAUCGAGCAAGUGCUUCGCUGAAACAAGUAUCCCGUACGGAUAAUGUACUUCUGCAGGUAUGCAUAACAACCCAGAUAAAUGUGUCAAUGUCUGCACUCGGGAUGAAGCGGUUCAUUUAUCCAUUUCUUACAAAACCUCUUCUGUAAAUAGUUUGCUGAUUGUGAUCAAAAACAUUGAUCUGAAGCUGAUGAAUAAUAAAUUAUGAAUACAGUGACUUCUGAUCUACCCAGAUCAAUUUCAGCCUUAAAUUAACUUAAUGUUGUUGACAGCGUUUAAGCUCCACCCAUUGUGAGGAUGAUGGUGUUGGUCAAACAGAUACAGAUACAAAUAAUGGUGCACUGGCUCAUGCAUACUGGAUGUCAUUAAACAUAAAGUACAGCUGAGGUUGAUGGGAAUGCCUUUAACUUCAACUGCAUUAAUGUGCUGAACAAAGUUACAUUAUUAAAUGUUGAAGCUACAUGAAAGUCACAGGAUCACUGAAGGUUUUACAGUUCAUCUGGGUGGCAGCAUGAGUGUCUGACCACACUGGUUAAAAUAAUGGUUGAUUAAAAAAAAAAAAAAAAAAACACAAAUGUUUUACUAGCUGAAUUGUUUCUUCAUUGCCAUGAACAAAGCAGAUAUGUUGAUCCACUCCAACACUUGCCACGGUGCUGUAAAGACCACAAAAUGUAUAUUCAUCUGCAUUUGACAAUAUCCUGUAUGAGUAAUACACAGUAGUUUCAGAAAGUUUCUGAAUACAUAAACACAUGCUAUUUCAAGCUAGCUCAGUAUUUGAAACUAUGUCGUACACAGUUAAAGAAGUUUCGCGUUUGCUGCCGCUUUCAUCAAUCCUUCCUCUCACUCGUACUCUUUUCUGUUUCUGUGUAUUUUGCUGAAAAUCAUUCCCAUGUCUUGUAAUUACAACCCCAUGAUGCUGAUCGGUCAUUGUCAGACUUGCAAGACAGAAAGCUCUGUAGUGCGACCAAGGCAUCAGAGAACAAGAGAGAGAAGAGAGAAAAAGAAACUGUAUCUCCUGAACCAUUUUUUUUAAAAAAAGGUUUAUGUAUUGAGUAUGGGCUUGGAGCUGAGUGACAGUGACAGGCCAGGAGACAAAAGUAUUGAGCGAUGGCCUGAGACUAUUGGUUUUGGUUUUGGGCUUUACAGGGGAUUUCUUUUACCUGAACAACGGAAAUAAAGAGAAAUGACAGCCUUAUUCCAUGUGCAAACAAGGUGAUCAUUCAUUAUUUGAACUUUUUGAAAUAAAUUGUAAAAACAACUGAAUACAUUGUUGCAGGAAAAAAAAUACACAUAUAUGUCCCUGUAAAGACACUGUUACUGAUGUGUUUCAUCUGAUGUAUUUAACCUGUUUACAGAUAUUUGAAUUUGUUUGCAUGUCAUUACUGCUAUUUAAUGCUACCGUGCAAUGCUAUUAUUCAUUAAAAAAAAAAAAUGCUUAA